CAACUCAUAAUGACUUGAUGCAGACUUCCAUAGUACUACCACGUAAUUCGCGUCAUUUUUUACGUUCAAGGUGACCUUGUCCAUUAUCUGCUCUCAUGCAGAAUCAUCCAUCUUACCCGGUGCUUUCGCAGCUGCUCGCAAAAUAUCCUGCAACCGGAGGCGCGCUAUUCCAGGUAUACAAUGACCUAACUCUCGCGCAAAGAUGGACCGAUGUCGAAGUUCUCGACCUUCCAGCUUGUAAAAGAGCCGCGAUCAAAGGUCAACGGCCAACUCCUGACACGGACCGAGGACCAUCCAUCUGCGUUGUAGUACCCUGCUCGUUGUCUGAGUCAAUUUCUACUUCGUGGCUUCGCGCCGCUUUUACCAGUCUUGAUCCUACACCCUCAGAGAUUUAUGUGGCCAUUACCUCAGAAGACACGUCGACAGUCUAUUACAAGAUCAGCCAGGGAAUCGUUAAGCCACCAGUAUAAAGCGUUCUGGCACGUUUCAUCAGCCGACUUGAACUGCGGUUAGACGUCAGUCAACAGGAGUAUCUAACUGAUAGGUUCAUCCGUACUUCGGCGGACACACCGAAGAAUACAAUGGCAAAUGAUUCUAGUGGACUUAUGUCCGGACAGCGACGAUAACGAUGCUAGGACGGUAUGCAAAUUGUGAGAGGAAAAUGUUCGGGAAAAAUAUCAGAUACGUGGUGGUAACAAUAUGGUUCGAUGA